UGGCUGGGGGAUCUCGGACAAGCUCCCUUCCCCACUCUAUGCCUCUGAGAAAUGAGGAUAACUCCCUUCUGCAGAGGGGGGCCGUGGGGAGCCGUGGUUGCCAGGUUGGGGGACUGUUUGGACGAGGAGAUUCCACAAGGCGCGACAGGACUGUCCCUGGGGCUGCCUGGGCCCCAGGGCUGGCUCCUCUUUCUGUGGCCCCUCCCUAGCCAGGCCCUCCUGGAGCGGGGGUGGGGUGCAGUUUUCCUCUUCAGACCCCUCCCGUGCAAUGCCAAAUCCUCGGGGCCAGCAGAUUCAGCCCCUAAGCCUGUCCAACCAGUUGUCUGGGAGAAAGGGGGCACGUGGGAGGGGCAGCAGGAGGUGCCAGAAGCAGCCUCCCCCGGCCCAGCACGCACAACGGAGCCUCUGGGGCUCUGGAUGCUGCAGACAGACCCUCGGACAGACAGACAGUUGGACGCUUGGCCUGGCCUUGAGGCUCGGGCGGGGACGGGCUUCUCUUCUGAUGGCACUGUGGCUGCUGCUGGCCUGCCUCCAUCCGGGGAUGAGUCUGGGGCUCAUCAGCUAUGCGCCCCAGCUCUCAAGCGCCACCCUGGCAGGGAGACUUACCCAGUCCACCUUCACACUGGAGCAGCCGCGGGGCCAGUUCAGUCACCUUAACAUCGCCGACUUUGACGCCAUCUGGCUGCUGUUGGCCCACAGCGAUGCCACCCAGAGCUUCACUGCCCCACCGAGGGUGGAGGACACCCCGGUCCCUGCCAACUUGCCCCAGAGGGGCUACUACGUCACGCUGAGGGCCAACCGAGCACUCUACCCAGGCAGCCGGCCUGGCAGUGAGCUCCAGGUCCUCCGUGUCGCCAAUGAUACCCGCUGCCGCCUGAUGACAAGGGGCUGCCACCACCCCCUGCCGGGCCCGGGCCCCUACCGAGUGAAGUUUCUGGUGGUGAGAGACAGACCCAUGGCUGAGACAGAGUGGUCCAGUGAGACCCGCCUGCAGCAAGCCGAGGCACUCCAGGCUGCCCCAGGGCCCCAGAGCGCGGGCACCGUGGUCGUCGUUGCCAUCCUGUCGGUCCUGCUGGCCGUCCUCCUCACCGCCCUCCUGACCCUGCUCAUCUACAGCUGCUACGACACCUGUGGGAGCACGUCCAUCUCUGGCCCAGGGGAGCUGGCGUGCAUGAGAAGAUAUAACACCCACCACAUGUUCAGCCCUGCAGCCGAGGGGGGUUCCUGAGAGGCUCCAGGGGGCCCCCAUCUGCCCCUCUGCCUCGCCCCUGGUCCAGGCUGCAGAGCAUGGGCUGGGGGCGCGCCCUGCUGCUUCAGAGCCCUGGGAGAGAGUGUUUCCAAAUAAGGAAGCGGGGGAGGGUGUCCUUAGUCCAAAGCUUGGGCCUGUCCCUGUCAGAAAUAAAUGUCCCCGUUCUUGGGGACAGCCCCCUGAGUGGCUGUGUCAUUGUACACCUGGGCAGUCUCCCUGCAUCCCUGUCCCCAGCUCCUCUUGGGAGGAUACAGCAACCGGGGGUGAAGCCCAGGGUCCUAGGCCAGCUGAGCCAUUGGGGCAGGGCAAGCCUCUCUUCUGGCCUCAAUGGCCCUGUCUGUAAAGUGAGGAGGAUUCCGGUGGUCCCACUGGGCCCGCUGAGGCUAAACCAAGGAGGUGAUCAUGCUCACCUGCCCUGUGUGUCUGGCCCUUGCUGCCAUCCCCCCCCGCCCCCCCACCUCCUCUUCUUCUUCUUUUUUAAAAUAUUUAUUUGGCUGCACCAGGUCUCAGUUGCGGCACACGGGAUCUUCGUUGCCGCGUGCAGGCUUAGUUGCUGCAUGCGGGAUCUAGUUCCCUGACCCAGGAUCAAACCGGGGCUCCCUGCAUUGGGAGCACGGGGUCUUAACCACCGGACCACCAGGGAAGUCCCCCCGCCUCCCCUUUGUGGUCUCCCUCCAUCCGGCCUCUCCUCCUGGCGGGAGGACUCAGAGCUUCUAGGCUUCACCCUGACCUCUGUGCUCACUCCGGGGUGGGGGCAUGGAAGCGCGUGAGAAGCUACAGCUCCUGGAGCUGCCUGGGCUCAGACUCGGGCCCCAGACCUAAUGCAGGGCACCAAGCACCUGUCAUCAUCCACUCCACUCCAGGCCAGGCCCCCCUGGGGCCAAGAUGACCCAGCAAGGUUCUGUCCUCAAGUCACCCACCGCUGUGUGGGAGAGGAGGGGAAACCAGCCAGCACACGGGAUGGAGGGAGUGCAGAGGUUUGAGAGCCGGAGGAGGCUUCCUGAGCAGGCGUGGCCUUGGAGGAGGGGCCGUACUGUGACAGGUGGACCCGGGAAGGGGACCCAGGCAGAAGCAGCAGCAUGUACCAAGGUCUGGAAACCACGG